AUGAACGCCCAGGCGGAGGACGUGGCGUAUGCGCGCCCCGCGCGGCCGCAGAUCUCCUUUGAGGAGCUGGAUGUGAUCCGGACGCGCGCUGAGCGGUCGGCGUCCGCGGGUAUGACCUAUAAUAUCUGGUACAACAAGAUGUCGCACGGUGACACGGACGACGGCGGUCCCCACAACAAGAAGCACUCCGAGACCCGAUGCGACCUUGCGCGCGAUGCGGGCUACACGCGCGCCGAUAUCCGUGUGCGCCAGGCUGCCGGGGGCGGUAUCAUGCAGGAUGCGGCGUACUGCUGCCUCUUCUUUGCGCGUGGAAGCUGUCCGAAUGGCGCAAACUGUACCUAUCUUCACCGCCUCCCCCGUGCGAACGAGGUGGCGGAGCAAGGCGUGGAUAUCUUUGGCCGCGAGAAGCAUGGGUCGUAUCGUGACGACAUGGGCGGUGUCGGCUCGAUGCACCGCGUGAACCGCACGCUGUACGUCGGCCGCAUCAACGAGGACACCUCGCUGAGUUUCCGGCGCACCGGCAACACCAAGGAGUCGGACGAUCCCGACGGUGAGAAGAGCGCGAUGGCCAAGAUCGUGCGCCGCCACUUUAGCGAGUGGGGUGAGAUCGAGCGCGUGCGUGCAAUGAUCGGCCGUGGCAUUGCGUUUGUUACCUACAAGUACGAGGCGAAUGCACAGUUUGCCAAGGAGGCCAUGAUGCACCAGUCGCUCGACCAUGACGAGGUACUCAACGUGCGCUGGUCGACCGACGACCCCAAGAACGAGACCUUCCCGAAGGAAGAGGCGCACCUGCGCGAGCAGGGCGAGAAGCAUAUUGCCGCCGUCGAUGCGGCGCGCGAAGAGCAGGAGGCGGACUAUGCGCGACUCAAGGACGACCCCACGGUCGACUGGGCAGAGUAUACGCGUGCCAAGCGCCAGCGCCUCGCCCUCUCGCCCGAAGAGGCGGCGCGGCUCGACGAGGAGAACCGCAAGGGCUGGGAGGCCUACAACAAGGAGCACGCCCCGAAGCCGGCUGCGAAAAAGGAGGAGCCCGCGCCAAAGAAGGGGCUGCUCAGCGACGAGGCGGUGCGCUCGCUCGCGGCAUUGCGGCAGCAAAAGGUCCAGGCGGCGCCGGCGAAUGCCCUAGGCGGGCUCGCUGCCUAUGCGAGUGAUAGUGACGAGGAAUAG